GAGUGAGAAAUGCAGAGGCAGCAGCCGCGGUAGCGGCGGCAGUGCUCCAGCAGGCACUAGGCACUCCAGUCCCAGCGAGCGAGCGGGCGAGGGCCACAGCGCUCCGAGCGAGGCGAGGGGGCUCUGGGCUACCUGGAACUCUCUCUGUGACACCCCAGCACACAAACACACCGACAGGGACAGAAGAAAAACAUAAAGAGCUCCAGCAUGGGAGGCAAACUGAGCAAGAAGAAGAAGGGAUACAGUGUCAAUGAUGAAAAAGCUAAAGACAAAGACAAGAAGGCUGAAGGAGCAGCCACUGAGGAAGAGGAGACUCCAAAGGAGGCUGAGGAUGCCCAGAAAGCCACAGAGACCACAGAAGUGAAGGAGAACAACAAGGAGGAGAAGGGAGAAAAGGAUACUCAGGUCACUGCCAAUAAGAUGGAAGAAAAAGAAGGGGAGAAGGAGAAAACAGUGACCCAGGAAGAAACCCAGAAAACAGAACCUGAGAAGUCAGAGGCUAUUGUCGAUGCAAAAGUAGAGCCACAGAAGAACACUGAACAGGCACCCAAGAAAGAGGAGCCAACUGCUGCCUCUGCUCCUGCUGCCAGUAGCGAAGCACCCAAACCCUCUGAGCCUAGCACCGAUGCAAAAGCUUCCCAGCCUUCAGAAGCCACAGCUCCCAGUAAAGCAGAUGACAAGAACAAAGAGGAAGGGGAAGCCAAAAAGACUGAGGCUCCCGCAACGCCUGCAGCCCAAGAAACUAGAAGUGAAGUGGCCCCAGCUUCAGACUCAAAACCUAGCAGCAACGAGGCUGCACCUUCUUCCAAGGAGCCUGUGGCAACAUCAGCACCUAGUUCGACUGCUAAGGCCUCGGACCCUGCAGCUCCUCCAGAGGAAGUGAAACCUUCUGAAGUUCCAGCGACUAAUUCGGAUCAAACCAUAGCAGUGCAAGAUUAAAUUGGACAGCCUGUUGAAACAACCACUUAAAACAACCUGUGUCUUUUUUUUUAUUUUUUCAGCUAUACUAACUUGUUUCAGAUCUGAAAUAGCAAAUACGUAUUGCCCAGAAAAGAAGAAGAAAAAAAAAAAAGAAGAGAAAAAAUGAAAAGGAUGUCCCAUCAAGUUGGGAGGGAGGGGGGAGAAUCCAAAUAGUAUUUUCGUGGGGAAAUAUCUAAUAUACUUUCUGCCAACUUGACACAAGUCCUGGAUUAAAAUAAAUAAAUAAAUAAAUAGAUGUCUGAAA